CGCCUCCGCCACCGUGUGGCGCCAGCAAUGGUCCAAGCUGCCGGAUGCCAAGCUCCAGGGCACCGUCUGGAGCGAGCUGGAUGAGAGCAAGCUGUAUAACAUGGAGCCGGAGUCGAUAGACAAGCUCUUUACGGCUUACCAAAAGAAUGAGAGUGUCGGCCAUCGAUGGCCGACACCAAGUCCAGUGCCGCCAAGGGCACCACCAUGCUGUGGCGCGCAUCAUCUACAAAUACGCACUGGAUCACCUGCCCAAGGACCGAACCCAGUAGCUGUUUAAGGCCUACACCAUACACGAGAAGAAGUACGGCGAUUGGGCUGGAAUCAAGGACGUGAUCGUUCCUAAGCAUCUGUAGCACGCUUGCUUAGUGAGCAGCAGGGUCGAAUCCGUCUCGAGUGUCUGGUUACCCAGGGCAGCAUAUCCGAUGACCAGAAGGUGGUCGGUCUGACUGGCUGCAAUGGAGCUGUGUCGCCACCGCCGCCCUCGGCCUUACCACUGCCACCGACGGCGCCAGCCAUGAUGCCACCACCACCGCCGCCCUGUCCGGGUGCACCGCCUCCGCCACCGUGUGGCGCCAGCAAUGGCUCCUGUGCCACCCAAGGUGGAGCUGCCAGAGAAGAACGUUCCACUGCCCACGAAUCCAUUAAAGAGCUUCAACUGGUCCAAGCUGCCGGAUGCCAAGCUCCAGGGCACCGUCUGGAGCAAGCUGGACGAGAGCAAGCUGUAUAACAUCAUGGAGUCGGAGUCGAUAGACAAGCUGUUUUCGGCUUACCAAAAGAAUGAGCUACCGAUGGCUUCUAUAAGGUUCUGCGUGCAACUGACGGCAAGCCAGCAAAGCAGAAGGUGCACUCAUUGAUCGAUGGAGGCUGGGCCCAGAACUGCACCAUCCUCGUCAGCCAUUUGCCCGCGUAUUCCCACAUGCUCUCUCUGCUGCAGCACAUGCUUCUGCUGCCCUAUUCUGGUCACUGCACGAAUCACUGGCUGCUGAUCAAUCGCGUAGUCCAGCUGGUUGUGAUGCAGGU